UACUCGGAGCAUUCAUCUUCGUUCCGUCCACAUGCAUUCGUUCUCGUUUCACUAAAGGAGGUGUAGUUUGUCCGAUUGCUACUGCUAAAAGGGGUUGGACAAAAAUAUUUUCCAUCUUGAACAAUUGCAAUAGCUUCGCAACAUGGCGUCAAUAGGAGAUUUCGACCCGCUCAAUGCUUCCAUCCCUGCCACCAAAGUUGAAAUCACAGUGUCUUGCAGAAAUCUGCUGGACAUGGACACCUUUUCCAAAUCAGACCCAAUAUGCGUUCUGUACACACAAGGCAUCAGCAAUAAGGAGUGGAGAGAGUUUGGAAGGACAGAGGUGAUUGAAAACACUCUCAACCCGGAGUUUGUUCGUAAAUUCAUCUUGGAUUAUUUCUUUGAGGAACGACAGAAUCUGAGAUUUGACCUGUACGACGUUGACUCAAAGAGCGCCAACCUGUCGAAACAUGACUUCCUUGGCCAGGCGUUCUGUACAUUGGGAGAGGUGGUGGGAUCGCUGGGCAGCCGCAUGAAGAAACCUCUCGUGGGCCUUCCUGGAAAGAAGUGUGGAAACAUCAUUGUUAAGGCAGAAGAGAUGGGAAACUGCAGGGAGUCUGUGAUGAUGCAGUUCUGUGGGAAUAAACUGGACAAGAAAGAUUUCUUCGGCAAGUCGGACCCUUUCCUCGUCUUCUACCGCAGCAAUGAAGAUGGAACGUUCACAACCUGCCAUAAGACAGAGGUGGUGAAGAACACACUAAACCCAGUGUGGCAGGCCUUCAAGAUACCUGUCAGAGCACUCUGCAACGGAGACUACGACAGAACGAUCAAGAUAGAAUGCUAUGACUGGGACAGAGAUGGAAGCCAUGACUUCAUAGGAGAGUUCACUACCAGCUACAGAGAGCUAUCCAGAGGCCAGUCCCAGUUCAAUGUGUAUGAGGUUGUAAAUCCAAAGAAGAAAGGAAAAAAGAAAAAAUACCUCAACUCUGGAACGGUAACACUGCUCUCAUUCCUGGUGGAUAUAGAGGUCACCUUCCUCGACUACAUCAAAGGAGGGACCCAGAUUAAUUUCACAGUGGCGAUUGAUUUCACCGCUUCAAACGGCAACCCAACCCAGCCCACCUCCCUCCACUACAUGAGUCCCUACCAGAUGAAUGCCUACGCCAUGGCCAUGAAGGCUGUAGGGGAGAUCAUCCAGGACUACGACAGUGAUAAGAUGUUCCCUGCUUUGGGCUUCGGAGCCAAGCUGCCCCCUGACGGACGGGUCUCACAUGAGUUCGCCCUGAAUGGCAACCCCCAAAACCCAUACUGUGCAGGUAUAGAUGGAGUGAUGGAGGCAUAUUACCAGAGCCUGAAGUCUGUCUGCCUCUACGGCCCAACCAACUUCUCCCCUGUCAUCAACCACGUGGCCAGGUAUGCUGCGUCAGUGAAGGAUGGCUCUCAGUACUUCAUCCUCCUCAUCAUCACAGAUGGAGUCAUCUCAGACAUGGCCCAGACCAAGGAGUGCAUCGUCAACGCUUCGUGUCUUCCAAUGUCGAUUAUCAUCGUAGGGGUGGGACCAGCAGAAUUUGAUGCGAUGAUUGAGUUGGACGGGGAUGAAGUGAGGAUCUCGUCGAAGGGAAGAUAUGCAGAGAGGGACAUUGUUCAGUUUGUCCCAUUCAGAGACUACACCGACCGGACAGGGAACCACAUCCUGAGUAUGGCCCGUCUAGCCAAGGAUGUCCUGGCUGAGAUCCCUGACCAGUUCCUCUCCUACAUGAGGAUCAGAGGCAUCAAGCCCUCGCCCGCACCCCCUCCAUACACCCCCCCAGGACACCCCCUGCAGACGCAGAUCUGAAGGGUGCGGAGAUGCCCCCUGGUCCCGAACAAAACCUCUUCAAAUAUGUAUUUGUCUCUCUCCUCUCUGCAUCACUCGCUCAGUGAUAGGAGAGGCCUUCUUGGCUUUCUCGCUCUCUCUCAUUGCACUAAUGGAGGCUGACUGACUGGCAGGGUUCUAGACGUUUUUACUGAGCGGUUCUAAAGGGUUCUACUUUGGAACAGGCGGAUGGAGUCAACAGGGGCAUGUUUACUUUCAUUGUCAAACGUUCCUCUGUUUGGACUUCGUGUAUAUCGGCCAAUGGAGACACUCUCUGGGACACACCCGGGAAGAUGGACAGAGUCUGGUCUUCCCAACUCACCUGGCAAGGAAUGAAGGAUUUAAGGAAAGAAGGAAAGGAAGAAGGAAGGAUGACAGGAGGAUAGGAAGGAAGUUCCUGGGGACUGGCCUUUUUCAGGAGCAGAGUGGUGAAAAGGUUCUAUAGUCUGGAUGUGGUAUCACUUGACUGUUGUAAAUAACUGGAAAUAUAUUUCUAUCUCUCUCUACUCUGUCUCUCUAUUCUUCCAACUCUCACUCAAUGUUUACAGUACAUGUUAAUGAUAAUGAGUUUUACCAUUGGACGCAUGUAUAAUAUACAGUACCAGUCAAAAGUUUGGACACAUCUACUCAUUCAAGGGUUUUUCUUUAUUUUGACUAUUUUCUACAUUGUAGAAUAAUAGUGAAGACGUCAAAACAAUGAAAUACACAUAUGGAAUCAUGUAGUAACCAAAAAAGUGUUAAACAAAUCAAAAUAUAUUUGAGAUUCUUCAAAGUAGCUACCCUUUUCCUUGAUGGCAGCUUUGCACACUCUUGGCAUUCACUCAACUAGCUUCAUUUGUUGGCUGCUUUUCCUUCACUCUGCGGUCCAACUCAUCCCAAACCAUCUCAAUUGUGUUGAGGCUGGGUGAUUGUGGAGGCCAGGUCAUCUGAUGCAGCACUCCAUCACUCUCCUUCUUGGUCAAAUAGCCCUUACACAGCCUGUUGGUGUGUUGUGUCAUUGUCCUGUUGAAAAACAAAUGAUAGUCCCACCAAGCGCAAACCAGAUGGGAUGGAGUAUCGCUGCAGAAUGCUGUGGUAGCCAUGCUGUUUAAGUGUGCCUUGAAUUCCAAACAAAUCACUGACAGUGUCACCAGUAAAGCACCAAAAUCACCAUCACAGCACAUCCUCCACGCUUCACGGUGGGAACCACACAUGCGGAGAUCCUCCGUUCACCUACUCUGCGUCUCACAAAGACACAGCGGUUGGAACUAAAAAUCUCCCAUUUGGACUCAUCGGACCAAAGGACAGAUUUCCACGGGUCUAAUGUCCAUUGCUCAUGUUUCUUGGCCAAGCAAGUCUCUUCUUAUUAUUGGUGUCCUUUAGUAAUGGUUUCUUUGCAGCAAUUCAACCAUGAAGGCCUGAUUUCAUGCAGUAUCCUCUGAACAGUUGAUGUUGAUUUGUCUGUUACUUGAACUCUGUGAAGCAUUUAUUUGGGAUGCAAUAUCUGAGGCUGGCAACUAAUGAACUUAUCUGGGUCUUCCUUUCCUGUGGCGGUCCUCAUGAGAGCCAGUUUCAUCAUGGCGCAUUACGGUUUUUGCGACUGCAUUUGAAGAAACUUUCAAAGUUCUUGAAAUGUUCCGUAUUGACUGACCUUAAUUUCUUAAUGUAAUGAUGGACUGUGGUUUCUCUUUGCUUAUUUGAGCUGGGCUUGGUGUUUUACCCAAUAAGGCUAAUUCCGUAUACCACACCUACCUUGUAACAACACAACUGAUUGGCUCAAGCGCAUUAAGAUGGAAAGAAAUUCCACAAAUUAACAAGGCACACCUGUUAAUUCAAAUGCAUUCCAGGUGACUACCUCAUGAAGCUGGUUGAGAGAAUGCCAAGAGUGUGCAAAGCUGUCAUCAAGGCAAAGGGUGGCUACUUUGAAGAAUCUCAAAUAUAAAAUAUAUUGUGUCAAUUUGUUUAACAUUUUUUUGGUUACUACAUGAUUCCAUAUGUGUUAUCUCAUAGUUUUGAUGUCUUCACUAUUAUUCUACCAUUUAGAAAUUAGUAAAAAUAAAGGAAAACCCUUGAACGAGUAGGUGUGUCCAAACUUUUGACUGAUACUGUACAUACUUCUUUCAGUUUGGAACUUUGGAAUAUCAAUCAAUAUUCUCUCUCUUUAUCUCUCAGCGUGUUGUCUUUGCCAGGGGAGUCAGGUUGAGGUUGAAACAGUGCAGGUCCAAGUAGCCACUGUACCAUACUAUGUUGUCCCUUUGCAUGAGUGUAGCGUCAGAGCAUGCAUUGUGGUCCUACACUUCCCUGCCUGUCACUGCUCUCAGGCUUUGGGGUUAAAUGUUUGUUGUUGAAGCGCAUUCUGCUCCUUUCUAAACUGCCUUGGCGAUAGGGUGCCCAUGCCAGCCACGCUGCGAGUGCCCACGGGUUUUCUCACUGUGCCGAGAACAACAGUGACUCAACCAACAUCAUAUUCUCUUCCAAAUCCAUUUAAAUAACAACCGAUGCUCUCAGAUCCAGUUUGAGACAACAGCAGAAGCCCAGUAGUCAAAAACAGUUACAAAAAUAAUUUCCUUCUGUUCGGUUCUUGUUCUUUUGUAUUAUUAUUAUUAUUAUUAUUAUUAUUAUUAUUACAUUUGUCAUUUAGACUUACAGGAGCAGUUCGGGUUAAGUGCCUUGCUCAAGGGCACUUGGGCAGAUUUUUUUCUUCUCAACUAGUCGGCUCGGAAUUCGAACCAGCGACCUUUCAAUUACUGACCCCAACACUCUUAACCACUUGGUUAUUGCCUUGGAAGUUGAUAUUCUUAAGUAUAUUGUUUUAAGUUGCCUUGUUAAGGUAACUUUAUUGUUUUAAGUUGCCUUGUUAAGGUAACUUUAUUGUUUUAAGUUGCCUUGUUAAGGUAACUUUAUUGUUUUAAGUUGCCUUGUUAAGGUAACUUUAUUGUUUUGAGUUGUGCCAAUCAUUAUGUCAUAUUAUUUAUUUGUUUUAGUGUUAAGCCCCGAGUGUGUUGGCCGUAGAUGAUGGUGUCUGGCGGUUAUCAUGACAACUUGUUCUUCCUAAAUGUAAUUCCCAUCCAAUAAUCCCAAUUAACAAUACCCACUGAGGGCUAGGAGUUUUUCCUCGCCGAGGAAAAACUCCUGGCCCGUAGCCAUUAUACCCAGUCAACCCACUCUUACUUCUUACAGCCAGGGUAUCCUCUUCAAUCUGCUGUCUUAAUGGGCUUAGAGUUUAUAUCAUCUGCCUUUUAAUUAUUAAUAAUAUUAAUCAUUAUUAUCAUAAUAUAGCUAUUAGCUACUGCUUGUAUGGAGGUGGUGUGUAAUUGAUAACUUGAUUGGUUACAUAUCAAUAUCCCUUAUCAAACUAACAGACAUUCCAACACUACAUUUAUGUAUUUCGCAGUUGUUGCCAUUUUCAUGUGUGUGCCACUGUCAGUCUGUUGCCAUAUCAUUACUGAUAGACCGAUGCCCUUUGCCACAAUUCAACCACAUAACAACUCCCCUCUUUUCUGUGUAAUUCCUCCUCUUGUUUCACCGCAGCUCAGUGGAUGCAGCCUUACAGAUUACAAUCGACUGUGUUUUAAUGCUUUAAAUAGGAUCGACUCCAAGCCAAUAGUAUUUGGCAUAGCAGUAAGUGGGGGGUGAGAGAGGGGGAUACAGCCCAGUGGGUUAUGUCAUUGGAGGGUCAUUCCAUGUCAUUUCGUUAUUCUAUGUCAAUGUUAAAGGGAUAGUUCGCCCAAAUUACAAAAUUCCAUAUUGGUUUCCUGAAAGCAGUCUAUGGACAAAAGUACGACAGCAAACCAUUCUUUGGUUUUGUUUACUUGGCCACUGUUUUUUGAAUUCUAACUUUUUAGCAUUUGUCACACAAUCCAAUGCAAGUCAAUGGUACCUAUAUUAGCAUUUUCAUUGCUUCAUAUGCAAAUCAUCUCAAGUAACAUACUUGAUUUUAACAUGAAGUGUAAAAAUGCCACUAUGUGUCCUCUUUCUGGUGUCUUUUUGAGGUGGAACGACCCUGGACAGAAGUAGACAAGCAGGUCAACCCGCUGAUUUAGUCAGAGGAGUACAGGCAUUUAGUGCUACAUGCCUGAGUCGACACAGUGCCACACCUAUACAGGGAGAUGUUGGCUAGCCUAGAGAGAGAAUAACCUCACACGGUAUAUUCAACAUGGCAGUCUGACGUUUUAACCCACGUACUUUACACAACAUAUAUUUGAUGAGAAACUCUGCCUUGUUUAAAACAUUUUUGUUUAAAGACAUACAGUAGACACAAACUGUCUUUCCAACCUUUCCUGUCUCUCUCACAACUUUCAGUAAUGUCUUCUUUCAUGGUGUUUUUCUCACACAUUUGAAAGCCUUCCAUAAUUGCCUCCUCUGCAUCUGUAGUUGUGGCUGGUCUUGAGUCUUUGUAUCAUAAGAAACCUUAGCCAAAUCCAUAUAGUGCAGCCAAAUCCAUAUGAGGCACCGCAUGGCUCGUCAAAAGAAAUGCACUAUGUGGGGAAUAGCUAGUGUGUUAUUUGAAACCCAGCUUGUCUGUGCUGCAGUCUUCCACUGGGCUUGUAGCAGAGCAGGAGGUAUCAUUAGGACUUUGGGUCACAGUCUAGAGCUCGUUAUAGGCUCCCAUUAUCCACCCACAGGCUACUGACACAGUGUGGACACACACACACACACGUGUGCCAGUGCAUACACACACACACACGACCACGCAGACACACAUACAGCUGAGAUCAUGUUCACCAUCAAGGACUACUGACGUUGUCAUUUUUUGCGCUCUCUUUUUACACUACUGUGGAAAGGAUCAUUCUUUUCUUUCACUGCUUUGCUAGUGCCACAACACUUGUCAUCUGCUUGCCAAGCCGUGUGUGUGUGUACGCGUGCCGCCAGAGUUUUUAAUAGAGCAUGUGAGUUCACACACGUGAUCUUUGUUUACUAAAGAUAUCCAAGAUAUCCGUGCACUAUGUUUGCAUGUACAGUUUUACAUGAGAUGCACCAGUUCUUUUGUUGUAAUUGAGUGUUUUGGAAAAAGAAAAUCUAUGAAAAUAACUAUACAAAAUGGCCUUAAAAAAAUUCACUGAUUUCUUGGAAUUUGUGCGAUGCCUUCAGAUAUUGACUUGUUCUCUCUUUUUGUGUCCGUGUACAAUGUUUUCUUUGCAUAACUUCAUUUAUGGGGAAAACAAUUUUAGGACUCCGUGGUCAAUCAGAUGAAAGCCUGACUGAAGUUCUGAUUGUCUGGUAAUCCAUAUGAUAGAUUACUAUUUCUGAAUCAAACUACUGAUUUUUAAAUAAAGAUUCUUACGUAACACUAA